CCAAUCGGGGUUGAACGAUGGCGGGGGUGCUGCGGGCGGUGCUGUGCGUGGCGGGCGCGGCGCUGUCGGUGUACGCGCUGCAUGUGGAGCACCAGGCGGCCAAGGACCCGUCCUACCGAGCCGCCUGCGACCUGGGGCCCUCCGUGUCCUGCACCCGCGUGUUCUCCUCCCGGUGGGGGCGUGGCCUGGGGCUGCUGGAGCACCUGGUGGGCCGGGACAGCGCCCUGAACGUCCCCAACGGCGCCAUUGGGCUGCUCUUCUACCUGCUGCAAGGCAUGCUGGCUCUCCAUCAUGGCCGUGUCACCGCCCUCGCCCUCGUGGUCACCUCGUUGGUGUCGGCGCUGGCGUCGCUCUGGCUCGGGGCCGUUCUGCUCUUCGGCCUCAGGGAUUUGUGCCUGGUUUGCGUCAGCACCUACGGGGUCAACCUGGCCCUGCUGGCGCUCAACCUGCGGAGGUGGAGGCGGCAAAAAAACGGCACCAAAACCAGCACCAAAACCGGCACCAAAACCCAGUGAAACACACCCAAAAUGGAGUGAAACCAACCUGAAACUACCUAAAAUGGAGAGAAAAUGACCCAAAACAGAGUGAAACCCACCCAAAAUGGAGAGAAACCCACCUGAAAUGGAGAGAAACCCACCCAAAAUGGAGUGAAAGUAAAAGAAAAUGAACCAAAACUGAGAGAAAUCCACCCAAAAUGGAGUGAAACCCACCCAAAAUGGAGUGAAAGUGACAGAAAAUGAACCAAAAUUGAGAGAAAUCCACCCAAAAUGGAGAGAAACCCACCCAAAACGGAGAGAAACCGACCUGAAACCACCCAAAACUGAGAGAAAAUGACCCAAAAUGGAGGGAAACCCACCCAAAAUGGAGUGAAAGUGACAGAAAAUGGAGUGAAAGUGACAGAAAAUGGAGAGAAACCCACCCAAAAUGGAGUGAGAAUGACCCAAAAUGACCCAAAACUGAGAGAAACCCACCCAAAAUGGAGUGAAAGUGACAGAAAAUGAACCAAAAUUGAGAGAAACCCACCCAAAAUGGAGUGAAACCCACCCAAAAUGGAGUGAGAAUGACCCAAAAUUGAGAGAAAUCCACCCAAAAUGGAAUAAAAGUGACAGAAAAUGAACCAAAAUUGAGAGAAACCCACCCAAAAUGGAGUGAAACCGACCUGAAAACACCCAAAACUGAGAGAAAAUGACCCAAAAUGGAGUGAAAGUGACAGAAAAUGAACGAAAAUGGAGAGAAACCCACCCAAAAUGGAGUAAAAUCCACCCAAAAUUGAGAAAAAUCCACCCAAAAUGGAGUGAAAGUGACAGAAAAUGAACCAAAAUGGAGAGAAAUCCACCCAAAAUGGAGUGAAACCAACCUGAAACCACCCAAAAUUGAGAGAAAAUGACCCAAAAUGGAGGGAAACCCACCCAAAACUGAGAGAAACCCACCCAAAAUGGAGGGGAACCCA